AUGGGAAAGCGAAAAUCUGACCUUUCAAGACAAACAAGGCGAGCCAGAAGAGCUAAAAUUAGAGCACAACGUAUUGCUGCUGAGCGCAAAAAAGUAGCUUGGUUGAAAUCAGUAGAAACAUUCAUGCAACUUCAAGAAAAUAUGAAAGAUGAUAGUGAACUAAAACCAUUGUCAAUUAAAGAGGAAUUAUCAAUGCAUAGCAGUAAUGACAACUUUUCAUCUUUAAAAAAAGAUCCUUUGUCUGAAAUAAAAGAAACCAUAUUACAAAAGCAGAAUGGGGUCGAAAAUGAUGAUACAGAACAGAGUCCCCCUGAUCUAUUGAAAGUUCUCCGGGUCAGCCCAUAUAGGAAAAAUAUUUUGAAAGUUUAA